UCUUUUCUCUCUCUAUGUACCGCUUCCAAGUCCUACAAGAACCCAUUCCCUCCCUCAUUGCCCCCACUCUUCUCCACUUCUCAAACUUUGUAACUUCAAAACAUACUCCUCUGUUCUCUCUGUUUCUCUUCAAUCUUCCUGAAAAAACAAAAACACGAAAAAUCAUCCACCCUCUCACAUUCUCUCUCUCUCUCCUUUCAACUAAUAUGGCAAUUGAAAACCAAGACAACACUGUCAGAGAAAUCAAGCCAAAGAACAGGAGAAUCAUGGGUGCUGGAGGCCCUGAUGAUGACGACAAUAGGUGGCCACCGUGGUUGAAGCCACUGCUGAAAGAGAGCUUCUUUGUUCAAUGCAAGUUGCAUGCUGACUCUCACAAGAGCGAAUGCAACAUGUAUUGCUUGGACUGUAUGAAUGGCCCUCUCUGCUCUCUCUGCCUCGCUCACCACAAGGAUCACCGUGCAAUCCAGAUUAGGAGGUCCUCAUACCAUGAUGUGAUCAGAGUCUCUGAGAUUCAGAAGGUGUUGGACAUCACUGGUGUCCAAACCUACAUUAUCAACAGCGCAAGGGUGGUGUUUUUGAACGAGAGGCCUCAACCAAGGCCAGGAAAAGGGGUCACAAACACUUGUGAAGUCUGCGAACGUAGCCUUCUUGAUUCUUUCCGCUUCUGUUCUCUUGGUUGCAAGAUUGUUGGAACAUCUAAGAACUUCCAGAAGAGGAAGAAACAGUCAAUGUUAAUGUCAUCAGAUUCUGAGGACUCAUACAGCAGCAACAGCGUCCAUGGCCUUAAGAAAAACUUCAAAGUUCAGAGCUUCACACCAUCCACACCACCCCCAACAUCGGUUAAUUACAGAACGGCCAAGAGAAGAAAGGGAAUACCACACCGUGCCCCAAUGGUUGGACUAAUCAUAGAAUAUUAGAUAGUUGGUAUUUUUAGGUUAUUGGCUACAAUGCCCUUAGGUAUAAAAAUACCAUAGUAUACUAAAGCAAGUGUUUCGACGUCGUUUCAUCAAAGUCCAAUACUCGAGCUUUCCUAGGGCCGGUAUUUGGAAGUGUCACCGUCCGUCUUUUUAUUUUUCUUCUUGUAGUGGUUUCUAGCGUUUUGUAUAUAUAGCAAAGUCCAACAGAACUGGAAAAGGCUGAAGAAGUAGAAAUAAGACACCUGUGAAAUAGUUGAUGGUGCAGUGAUCAAAAGAAUGGCGUGUAGCAAAAUAAGCAAGGCUCUUUUUCAACCUUAGUUAAGGUGAUGAUAUUUGGUAAGGACUUAUAGGGUUUGGUUUCUAAGGUAAAUUAUUAUACCUAAGUUUUGGGGUAGAGAUAUGUAAAUAGUGGCUAAGUGAGGUUGGAGAAGACGACAAAUGAAAUGAUGACAAUGUACUUCUGGGAAAAUAGGUGGUAUGUCUAUAUUAUAUGAAAAUAGCAAAAUAAAGAUAUAUAUUAUUUCAAUUA